UGUGGGCGUGGCAGCGGCAGCGGCAUCUAAACCGGAAGUGCUCAGAGGAACGAAGCGUUAUACAGAGAUUUUCUGCACUCACGUUUAUUCUGUGUGGAAAGGAUGUCUCGUGCCCGCCAGCCCCCAUUGGUGACUGGGAUCUCGCCCAAUGAGGGCACGCCGUGGACCAAAGUCACUAUUCGUGGAGAAAACCUGGGCACUGGACCCACUGAUCUCAUUGGUCUGUCUAUCUGUGGUCAUAACUGUUUACUGACGUCAGAAUGGAUUACUGCCAGCAAAAUCGUGUGUCGGGUGGGUCCCGCUAAAGAUGACAAGGGUGAGAUUGUGGUCACCACCAGGAGCGGAGGCAGAGGAACAUCCACGGUCUCCUUUAAACUGCUUAAGCCCGAGAGGAUCGGCAUUCUGGAACAGUCUGCCGUGUGGGUUGAUGAGAUAAAUUACUAUGACAUGAGAACCGAUCGGAACAAAGGAAUCUCUCCUCUUUCGCUGAGGCCAUCCAACCCUCUGGGCAUCGAAAUAGACAAAGGGAAGGUUCCUCUCAAGGAUCUGGAGAACAUGUUUCCUGGCAUGAGCGGAGAUUUCAACAGCGAGAACUUCUCCGCCACCUGGUAUCUCAUGGAUAACCAUUCUUCAACCAGUUUUGAGCAGCUGCGUCUGGCUGUCGGCAAUCUGAAGAAGCAGGCCAGCAAGAAGAACGAGGGAAGUCUGGCCUACGUGAAGGGAGGACUUAGUACUUUCUUUGAGGCUCAGGAUGCUCUCGCAUCUAUCCAUCAAAAGCUUGAAUCAGAUGGCACUGAGAAAGUGGAAGGCUCUAUGACCCAGAGACUGGAGAACAUCCUUAACAGAGCGAGUGAAACUGCGGACACUCUAUUUCAAGAAGUGUUGGGCAGAAAGGACAAGGCCGACUCUACACGCAAUGCUCUCAACGUCCUGCAGAGAUUCAAAUUUCUCUUCAACCUGCCGCUCAACAUCGAGCGUAACAUCCAGAAGGGGGAUUAUGACGUGGUGAUCAAUGAUUAUGAGAAAGCUAAAUCUCUUUUUGGGAACACAGAGGUUCCGGUCUUCAAGAAAGUUUAUUCAGAGGUGGAAACUCGAAUCGAAGCGCUGAGGAAACUGCUGCUGGAUAAACUACUGGAGACGCCAUCUACUCUACACGAUCAGAAACGCUAUAUCAGAUAUCUGUCUGACUUGCAUGCUCCAGGCGACCCUGCAUGGCAGUGUAUCAUCGCGCAACACAAGUGGAUCCUACAGCUGAUGCAAAACUGCAAAGAAGAUUUUAUCAAAGAGCAAAAAGUGGGUGGUGUAGGAUUAGAGCCGGAUCGCUCUUUAGCCCUAAACAGAAUCAAUUUAUCAGCUCCGGUGAAGAGAGGAGGCAGCUUCCAGGCGCCUAAAGAUGACUCCUGGCAUUAUAAGAGUCCUCAGCAGGUGAGGUUCGUGGAGAAACUCUCGGACGUGGUGAUCAGCCAGCUGCCCAACUUCUGGAAACUUUGGAUCUCUUAUGUCAACGGCAGCCUCUUUAGUGAGACUGGGGAGAAGUCCAAUCAGGUGGAGAAAUUAAAAAAAAAUGCCCGGCAAAGACAGAGUGACUUUAAGUCUAUGAUCGAGGAGGUGACCCGACGCUUGGUGCAGCUGGUUCGUGGAGCUCUGUUACCCUCCUCUCUUACUGAGAUGGAACUUCGGCGUUACGGAGGCUGGGACACUAAAAACCCGCUCAGAGGAGCCUGGCUCACACAGGCCAUCCACACUGUCAGGUUGAGUCACGAGGCUCUGUCUGCUCUGGAGAUUCCUAAUGACCUGCUGCAGGUGAUUCAUGAUUUACUGCAGGACCUCCGCGUUCACUGCCUGAUCAUCACACUGCAGCACACUGAAGAGGAUGUGAAGAGACUUGCAGAGAAAGAAGACUGGGUUGUGGACAAUGAAGGAAUAACGUCACUGCCGGCCCAGUUUGAGCAGUGUAUGAUUCAGAUGCUGCAGUCUCUGAAGGAACCCAUGGAUUGCAAAACUGGAGAGAUCAAUAUCUUGAAUCUGGAAGUGAUCCAGGACAAAGCCUGCGAGCAGUGUGUUUCUAUAAUGAAGAACUUUAUUACAUGUCUGGAUCAGCUCAGCACCAAGACAGAUGGAGGCAUGGACACUUCAAAUGUGUCAGUGGACUUGGCAUCACCUGAUCUUUUUGGAAAAAUCAAUGAAGACUUUAGUUCAAAACCAGAGCAACGCCUUCUCAUCCUCCUCAGCAACUGCCACUACCUGGAGAGACACACGUUCCUCAAUCUGGCAGAACACCUGGAGAAGAACGGCUUUACCAACGCUGACAAGAUCAUCAGGGUCAGCAUAGAGGCUGUGAGACAGCUAGAUGACCAUCUGUUCGAGACGUACAUCGAGAAAAAAUCUGAUCCUAUCGUCGGCUCUCUGGAGCCCGGCAUCUACGCUGGAUAUUUUGACUGGAAGGACUGCUUGCCACCGACAGGUGUGAGGAGUUAUUUAAAAGAGGCUUUGGUCAACAUCAUAUCCGUACACGCAGAGGUUUUUACAGUUUCAAAGGAGCUGGUUCCUCGUGUUUUGUCAAAGAUCAUUGAGGCUGUAGCUGAAGAAAUGAGUCGCCUGAUGCAGUGCGUUUCUUCCUUCAGUAAAAAUGGAGCUCUUCAGGCACGUCUUGAAAUCUGUGCAUUGAGAGAUGCCGUAGAGCCGUAUCUAACGUCGGAGAGCCGCAUCAGUUUUAAACAGGCAAUAGAAGCUCUGCCACAGCUUCAGAGUGGAGCCGAUAAGAAACUCUUGGAGGAGCUGCUGAAUAAGUUCAAGAGCAGUAUGAAGCUACAGCUCAAUUGCUUUAAACCUGCCUCUUUUCAGCCUGUGAAGAGAUAAACCUAUUCAACGUUUUAAAAAUCCCUCUACAGUUUAACACUAAACCAUCAUUUCACUUAAAUAAAUAAAUCAGUGCCACCCAUAUAAUCCUUUUUACACCUGUGAGUUUGUGCAUGUGGGCAUAGGGGGACGAUGUGUUAUUGACAAAGCACAUCCUUCUGUGAAGUGUCAAAUAAGAAUUGACACCUUUUUGUCAAUGAUUGUACUGCAUAUUAAAAACUCGACUCCAAGA